AUGGGCCAUACAGCGCUGAAAAGCCCCGGGCUUCCCGGCUCGCCGCCGCUCACGCCGCAGCUGUCGGCGCCCGGCACGGCGCGGCGCCUGGCGCCCGUGCUCCCGUCCAUUGUCACGGUGCUCAACAGCAAAACCGCGGCCUCGUGGCGCGCGUCCAAAGAGGCGUUUUCACCGGCCAACGCCGGCGGGCUCUUUUUGCUGCCCGUGCUCUCCCAGGAGUCGGAGGCGUCGCAGAAGUCGCGGCUCUCCGCGUCGUCCGUCACGGCAAACUUCACCUUGGUGGACCCGCUGGUGGACGCCACCGCCGCGGACAACUUCUCGCCGCUCUUGCUGCUUCCCAUCGAGAUCUUGUACCAGAUCAUCGAGACCGUGUACUACGACGAGUCCACCAACUCCAUCUCCGCCAACUUGGAGCGGUUCCUGAAAACCAUCCCGGUGUUGCUGAAGCCGUUCAACCAGCUCGCCAUCCGCUUCCUCUACAAGUACGCGAUCUUCAAUCGCCCCAACUCCUUCGAGCGCUUUCUCCUGAACAUUGCCGGCCUGCCGGAUAUCGGCCACUACGUCGAGUUCAUGGACUUCCAGACCUUCACGCUGAUCGGGCUCGGCCGCACCGGCAGGAUGAACCAGGAGAUCCAGAUGGUCACGGCCAGCACCAUCCACCUAGCGCUCAGCUUGUGCCCGAACCUCGUCGAGUUCCAGGCCUCGGAAAACAUCCAGGACGACAUGGACGCCGCGGUCUUGCGCACGCUUUUCCACGGCUUGCCCAAGAUCCAGGCGCUCGACUUCUGCGGCGCCUCGCUGAAGCUGUUUGCCUUGGCGUUUGACGAGCUCACCAUCGACGCGGACUCCGUCGACCCAGACGUGUGUCUGGAGGCCUCGGCAACGCCGUCCUCGCUCCGCCACUUGUUCAAGCUAUCGUUUCACGACUGCUCCAACCUCCCCGUGCGGGUCUUUGAGAAGUUGCUUCCGCACUUGGGCCACUUGCGCAGACUCGACUUGACGCACACGGCCAUCACGUCCCCGGCUCUUUUGACCAGCUUGCCGCACACCUGCCGCUUGACGCACUUGUCCUUGGCCCGCUGCCUGAAGCUCACAACAAAGGACUUGAUCCAGUUCCUCACCAAACACCCGGCCGUGGCCACCGACUCUCUCCAGUGGCUCAAUCUCCAGAUCGACUCCAACGUGGUCAGCCCGUUGACGGACCAGUACCUCCUCUUUAUCCUCAACAACCUCCAGGCGGCUGACUUGCGCUACCUCAACUUGGGCGGGCUACCUGUGAACAAACAUGCCUUGCACGUCAUCAAAAACAGGUUUCCCAAUCUAGAGAGCUUGGCCAUUUCCCACGCCAACAUCGAGUACACCGACUUGCUAGCCCUCCUCGAAGAUAACUCCUCCAUCAAGUUCCUCGAUCUCACAAGCUGUAAGGGCAUGGACAGACGGGCUGUGUUGUCGUUUCUCAAGCGCAGCUUCGAGUCGGGACUCGCAGCCAUAGAGUUCGACUAUAAGACCCUCUAUGACUUGACAGGCGGCCAGCAUGUCACGGUGCAGCCUUUGCAAACCGAUUUCUCCAUCAACAACACUACGCACUUGCCGCUGGUGUGGAAGUUCUACGACAACGAAGGCAGACGAGCAUGGAUCUACAAAGUCGACUCGUCGGACCCAUCGUUCGACUCUUUGGUCUCUGGAAGAUCGGGUUCCAGCGGCCAGUCGUCAAAUAUGGUCUACUACGACUUGGAGACGGGGGCGAAGAUGGAAACAAAAAUAACAAAACCCAAGUUCCUUAUCUACGCGUCGCGGAAGAUCAACUGCUCCAUCGGGUACUACAAUCUCAACAAGACGAAGAAGAAGAAGUACUUCACUGGUGAGAUUCCAGAGUCGGUGUGGCCCGUUGAGUUCAGCCAGCGGGGGAUUUACAAUUACUACUCCCUCAACGUAAAGUAG